UCUGCACACCGUUAUAAGUGUGCCACAAAACCAACCAAUCACAGACUUGGUUUCAAAAAUUCUGAUUGGCUCUUACGGUCUCCAAUCAACUCGCUAGCUACUGCCUUCCGGAAACACUGUCCACUCAGCCUCGCUUCUUGCAGAUAGAGGGAUUUUUGAUUUACUCUGCAGCCAGAGAAGAGAUGGCAGAAUCAAACAAUGGCUCCAAUAAUACUACACCACAGUAUCAGGGUAAUGGUGCAGUUGAGUCAGCAGUAAGAAAUCUGGUGUCUUUGCUGCUUAACAACAUAUCCACAAAUCCUUCAGGGAGGCCAACAGAGAGUGGGCAGCCGGAGCCUAGAACUCUGACUAUCCAGCAAGAGAUGACAAGAUCAUUUCCAGGAUAUUUCAAAUCAAACUUGAGCCGUGGUAAAAAGAGAUGUUUAACAUCUACUAAGCAGCUUGUUAAGGCAGGCAGUAAGACCACAGGCCUCAGUUUUUAUUUGCUGUCAAAAAACACAUCCUACACACCUUUGCCAGCUGAGGAGCUUGAACUCCUACAAGCUGGCAUGGGGAGACAAACAGUGUCUCUUCCAGAAGAUGGUGACCAUGCAGAGAUUUCAAGACUUCUGGAAGAAACCUUUCCAAAAAUGGAAUAUCUUUGUGGAGGAUGGCUCUUGCAUAAGGCAACAGGUGGCAGUGGUCGACGAAAGCUCACUGUAAUUCCACCUGAAACAGAAGGAUAUUCUGUCAAAACACUGAAAGCUGUGUCAGCAGGUGGCAAAUCCACUUUUUACAUUGUACCUCUUCAGGAAAGAUUAGACACAUCUCCUCUACCUCCUGACUCACAGCACUUUUCAAAGAUGCCAAAGAAGAUAUGUUACCAGUGUAAUGAAGUUAUGCCUCUGCAGAUGCUUGCAGUACACAUCAAUACGUGCAAAGGAAAAUUCUCUCCUGAUGAGACUGAUGAUGAGGAAUCUGAGUUAUGCAUUGUGAAAAGCAAAUGCAAGGUUAUUUGUCCAAUAUGCACUAAGCACUUUCCUGAAGAUGAGAUCACAGUCCACGCGAGUCUGUGUGGGGAUAGCUUUCAAUGCAUGGUGCCUGAAGAAAAUGACCAAACUACAUGCACACCAGCUCAAACUUCAGUAUGCACAACAGACAGCGUGGAAGAUGUAUUGCGUUGCCUUGAACAACAAGUCGACACCACAACAGAAUUUAAGUUGUGUGUGGACAGAGAAGACCUUCCAGACAGAGGCAUUCUCCAGUGGCAGAGAAAAAAAUCUCCCACCAGUGUUCUUAGGGUGGUUUUCAUUGGAGAGGCAGGCGUGGAUACAGGAGCACUUAGGAAAGAGUUUUUGAGUGACAUGAUUUCAGGUAUUGAAAGCAGAUCCUUUGAAGGACCUGAGAACAAGGGCAAAAACCCCAAGUAUUCUCUGACCGAUCUUGAUAAUGAAAACUUCAGAACUGUUGGUGAAAUAAUUGCAGUCAGCCUCGCCCAAGGAGGCCCAUCUCCUGCCUUUUUCAAAGAAUGGUGCUACAAUUUCCUCUGCUCAGGAGAGGUUGAUUUCAGCUGUCUGUCUAAGGAGGAUGUUGCAGAUGUGGAAUCUUCCCUGCUCAUCAGCAAAGUUGAAGAUGCAGCAGUCUCUGAUGAUGUGGGCUGAUGAAAUUGUCAGCUGUGGAUACACAAACCAGAUAAAGAUGGAUAGUAAGGAAAGCAUGAUACGUGCUAUUGUCUUACACUCUACAACAAGACUGAUUCCAAUGCUACAGCAGCUCAGAAAGGGCAUGGAACUGUAUGGUCUUGAGAACCUGAUGGCUGUAAAUCCUGAAGCUUGCCACAGUUUGUUUGUUCCUGGGAAAAUCCUCAAACCAGACGCUGAUUUCAUUAUGAUGAGCUGCCAACCACAUUUCAGUGAAAAGGGGACAUCUAGGGAGAGAACUGAGAGGAAGAUCAUAAAUUUUUUGCAAGAUUUCUUGCAGGAGAUUGAAGCAUCAG